CAAGUCAUGAAUAUUACUAGUUACAAACCCCACUUUUUGUUUACUAAAAUGAAAAUAUACUAAAACAAUUAAAAACUCAAAAUCUAAGGACAUGGCAAAGACUGGAAGCUUUCAGGUGUCUAAAUUCGACCCUAUUCUACUAAUAUCACAGAUUGUAGCACAACAGAGUUUCUUGUAUUUCACACUAACGUCACUUUUAGUUCUUGGCUUAAAUUUCUUAGAAAUUAAUUUAUCAUUAUCAGCAAUAUUUGACUUCAGACAAAUCAAUGUCACAGACACAGAAGGAAUUUUAAUUAUAUCAUGUUUUAUAACAAAUUCUCUUUUUGGAGCAUUAUUUCUGUGGUAUUUCGUAAAAAGAAGGAAGAUGUGCUUAGAUUUCAGUUGCACAUUUCACUUUGUUCACUUCAUCGUAUGUUAUUUUUACGAGUUUGAACUUCCAUCAUUGUCGUUCUGGCUGUUAAAUUCUACGUGUUUAGUCAUUAUGUGUGUUACCUCUGAAUAUUUAUGUAUGCGUGAGGAGAUGAAGGAGAUACCUCUUUAUAUUCCAUUAUCUCAAAAAGCUGAUUUAUAAAUUGUAUAGACCAUAAGAAAGGAAUGAAAACUAAAGUCAU